AGGGUGGCAGCCGAGAAGCGGACGCGUUGCCGCCGCCGCUCCUCCUCCUGCAGCUCCUCUCGCGGCCGCCGCGGCCACCUCCGCCGCUGCCGAAGUUUCACUCCCGACCCUCGGCGGGAGCCCCAGCGCGGAGCAGAGCGGCCGGUUCGCCUGGAGCUGCAGCGCACCGCUGGCAGCUCGGCGUGUGGCUAGCCAGCCCGCGUUGGCGCCCAGGCGGCGUUCCUCGGCCCGGGCUGGGGUCACGGAGACCCAGCCGAGGCGGCAGCCAGCCUAGGGGACCCGUGGCAUCGCCCACACCGCCCAAUCUGCGUCCGAGCCCGGUGCUGCCGCGAUGGCCGUGCGCUCCCGCCGCCCGUGGGUGAGCGUGGCGCUGGGGCUGGUCCUGGGCUUCACCGCUGCGUCCUGGCUCAUCGCCCCCCGGGUGGCCGAGCUGAGCGAGAGGAGGCGACACGGCUCCAGCCUCUGCUCCUACUACGGCCGCUUGGCCACCGGGCCCCGCGCGGGCGCACAGCAGCCGUUCCCCCAGCCCCAGUCCCGGCCGCGGCUAGAGCAGUCGCCGCCCCCUGCCAACCAGGAGCUCUUGGGGCCGCACCGGCCGGAGGCGGCGCCCGGAGGUCCCAGUUUUCGGAGCAGCCCCUGGCAGCAGCCAGCUCCGCUGCCGCAGAGGAGGCGAGGACACAAGCCCGAAGGUGCGACGGCGCUUCCCGUCGCUCCAGCAGCCAAAGGGGAACCGGAGGAAGAGGAUGGGGGCGCGGCUGGCCCUCGGAAGGGUGGCCGGCCAGGGAGCAGCCACAACGGCAGCGGAGACGGGGGCGCCGCUGCCCCGAGCCCCGGUCCCGGAGACUUCCUGUACGUGGGUGUGAUGACCGCGCAGAAGUACCUGGGCAGCCGCGCGCUGGCCGCGCAGAGGACCUGGGCGCGCUUCAUCCCCGGCCGCGUGGAGUUCUUUUCCAGUCAGCAGCCUCCCAGUGCCGCGCUCGGUCAGCCCCCUCCACCUUUGCCUGUCAUCGAGCUGCCGGGGGUCGACGAUUCCUACCCUCCCCAGAAGAAGUCCUUCAUGAUGAUCAAGUACAUGCACGACCACUACCUGGACAAGUAUGAGUGGUUCAUGCGCGCCGACGACGAUGUCUACAUCAAAGGUGAUAAAUUAGAAGAAUUCCUUAGGUCCCUAAAUAGCAGCAAGCCUCUCUACCUGGGACAGACUGGCCUGGGGAAUACAGAAGAACUUGGAAAGCUGGGGCUGGAGCCUGGGGAGAACUUCUGCAUGGGAGGACCUGGCAUGAUCUUCAGCCGAGAAGUUCUCAGGAGGAUGGUGCCUCACAUUGGCGAAUGCCUCCGAGAAAUGUACACCACUCACGAGGACGUGGAGGUGGGGCGCUGUGUUCGCCGCUUUGGUGGGACUCAGUGCGUCUGGUCUUAUGAGAUGCAACAGCUGUUCCAUGAAAACUACGAGCACAAUCGCAAGGGUUACAUCCAAGACCUUCACAACAGCAAAAUCCACGCAGCCAUCACCCUUCAUCCAAACAAAAGGCCGGCGUACCAAUACAGACUGCAUAAUUACAUGCUUAGCCGCAAGAUCUCCGAGCUCCGCUACCGCACCAUCCAGCUCCACAGGGAAAGUGCACUCAUGAGCAAGCUCAGCAACAGUGAAGUGAGCAAAGAGGACCAGCAGCUGGGAGUGAUGCCUUCUUUCAACCACUUCCAGCCCCGGGAGAGAAAUGAGGUCAUCGAGUGGGAGUUCCUGACUGGGAAGCUGCUUUACUCAGCCUCAGAGAACCAGCCUCCUCGACAGAGCAUCAACAGCAUCCUUCGGACAGCCCUGGAUGACACCGUCCUGCAGGUGAUGGAGAUGAUCAACGAGAAUGCCAAGAGUAGGGGCCGGCUCAUUGACUUCAAGGAAAUUCAGUAUGGCUACCGCAGGGUUGAUCCCAUGCAUGGGGUGGAGUACAUCUUGGAUCUGCUCCUCUUGUACAAAAGGCACAAAGGAAGGAAACUGACUGUGCCUGUGAGGCGUCAUGCCUAUCUUCAGCAGUUGUUUAGCAAGCCUUUCUUCAGAGAAAUAGAAGAACUCGAUGUCAACAGCCUGGUGGAGAGUAUUAACAGCGGCACUCAGUCCUUCUCCUUAAUAUCCAAUUCUCUAAAAACACUCUCUUCUUUUCAAGAGACCAAAGAAAUAGGAGGGCACAAAGAAAAGAAAGUGCACAUUCUUGUUCCCCUCAUUAGAAGGUAUGAUACUUUCUUGAGAUUCAUGGAAAAUUUUGAAAGUACCUGUCUUAUCCCAAAGCAAAAUGUAAAGCUGGUCAUCAUCCUUUUCAGUGGGGAAUCUGGCCAAGAGUCCAACAAGCACAUUGAGCUGAUACAAGACUAUCAGAACAGGUACCCUAACGCAGAAAUGAUGCUGAUUCCCAUGAAGGGGGAGUUUUCCAGAGGUCUUGGUCUUGAAAUGGCUUCUUCUCAGUUUGACAAUGACACAUUGCUGCUAUUUUGUGAUGUUGACUUGAUCUUUAGAGGAGACUUUCUCCAGCGAUGUAGAGACAAUACAAUUCAGGGACAACAGGUAUACUACCCCAUCAUCUUUAGCCAGUACGACCCAAAGGUGACCCACAUGGGAAAUCCUCCCCCAGAGGACGACUUUGUAUUCUCAAAGGAAACUGGAUUUUGGAGAGACUAUGGCUAUGGUAUCACUUGUAUUUACAAAAGUGAUCUACUGGGUGCAGGUGGAUUUGAUACCUCAAUACAAGGCUGGGGACUGGAAGAUGUAGAUCUCUACAACAAAGUUAUCCUAUCUGGCUUACAACCCUUCAGAAGUCAAGAAGUAGGAGUGGUGCAUAUUUUCCAUCCAGUUCAUUGUGAUCCUAACUUGGACCCUAAGCAGUAUAAGAUGUGCUUAGGAUCUAAAGCAAGUACUUUUGCCUCAACCAUGCAACUGGCUGAACUCUGGUUAGAAAAACAUUUGGGUAUCAGGGACAAUCGAACUCUCUCCUGACAGUCCAGGCAACACGCAUUGCCUUUUGGAAGGGGAGUUUACCUCAGUGUUGGCUGUUAUUAUUUUUAUUUUAUUGUUGUUAUUUUAUUGUUAUUAUUAUUAUUGUUGUUGUUGUUGUUAUAAUUUUAUUUUGUUGUCCUGGUCUUAAAGUAUUCUUGGUUGUCUUCCAAAGGGUGUUUGUUGACCUCAAGCAAGAAGAGUCUGAAGUUCACUGAUAUUUCACAGUCAGAGUUCUACUGAAGUCAAUAAGUGUAUUACUUUUAUAUAACUUUAUUUGAGAUUGAGUUAAAUCAUGGCAAUCAAAUGACUUUGGAAGCUCAUUCAUCACAAGAGACAGCUUAGAAGAAUGUUCUCUUAGGGCUUAAAGAUGCAAUAUUGACUUUUCUUUUGUUUGUCAACUUCAAUGUGAUACAAAUAUUUACUGGUGAAAGGUACCACAAAAGUGCUUUAUGCUUCCUAUGGGGAAGGGACUCUGUGACAUAAACUUGAGUUUUGUAAUUUAUACAAGGACUUAAAUAUAUAGACAAUAAUUUUCUUCAUCGUUAGAAUUUUUAAAGUAAAUGAACACCUAUGAUUGUAUGUUUAUUUUUUAAGAAAAAGUUUUAAAAAUUGAGGAGUACUGUUCCACAAGCAACCGGUACUGGCUACCCUGGUCUUACAAUUACAAACUCCUCAAAACUGUCUGCUAUAAAUGCGAAGGAACUUUAUUUUCUCAAGGAAAUAUGAUUUAAUGAAAUAUUCAUGUACAUUUUAGAAGCUUUAUGAAACAAUGUCCUUCAUUUGCUGGCAAGAAGAUAAAACAUGACAGAACCUGUUUAUUUAUAAUAAAACACAGGUAUAACCGUAUUCUUUUUCAAAAACAUUGUCAAAGCUGUGCUGUUUCCCUUCUGUCUUAUUUGAUGUAAUUUUUAGAGUGGUGUUCACCAAAAAGGCUGGCUUCACUAGAUGGGACAAUGCCGGCUUCACUAUGGGGUCAUGGGAAAUGUGUUGUGUUCUGCCUUAUUUCCAGGCUUCGUAAGUGAUUCAUAGGAAUUAAUUCUAAACUCAAUAAUGCAACAUCUGACAGGAGACUGUUCUCAGUCUCUGAAGACUGGGGUUUGUCCAACCACAAAAGAAUAGUUCAGAAUCUGCCUUGGAAAGUAUAUAAAAAUGUAACAAUCCUGGGGGAAAUAAAAAAUAAGAUUAAUUUUAUAAUUAUGAAAAAACACCUAGGGAAAUAUCUCAUCUCUCAUGAUGGUUUUUCUUUUGACCGAAUCUAUGAGGUCAUUUCUAGAAAAACACUGUCAUAUUUAAGAAAUGCAAGAGAGAAUGAAUACCCAUAUACCUAUGCAAGGAAGUCUCAUGAAACUUAUUUUAAAAAAUCAUUCUCCAGACAAGUAAUAUACUUACACAAAAUUAAACAAAACAUUUAAAUAUCUACAACUAUCUGGCUGUCAUGCAUUCCACUCAGACCUUCUUGAUACAACACAGACCACGGUUUUGGCUGACAUGUGUCCUCAUACCUGUCUUUACUUUCUAAUGAAGAAAAGAUAAAUCUUUUACAUUUUACUCUUUAUGAACAAAGUGAAGCAGAUGACUUUCAUUUUUCAUUGAAAAGGAAAACAAUUUGUGCCAGUCAUUUUAUCUCACAAAUUAUUGGCCUCAUUUGGAACAGACGGCCACAAGGCCACCAAACUAUGAAAGGUCCUAACCUGGUAACAACCUUUUUUUUUUUUUUUUUUUUUUUUUUACUGAAAGUAUUUCCAGGGCUUCAAAAUAACAUUACUUGGUGUUGAGAAAAACAGAAUGGAAAUUUCCCUCUCUAAACAUAUAAUCUUAAUAAUUUUGAGUCCACCAGAAAGGAAUUAAUGACAUUUUCAUUUUUAAAAUGUUCAUCUUGACAUGGCCAUCAAUUUAAAAUUGACCUCUGCUCUUAUGUUGUGUUAGGCUUUCACAAAUACUUAUUUUAAUAGCUUACUUUCUUAUAUUACAUAACUUAGCUCUUUUGUACAUCUUAUUUUCUUAAAAAGCAAAUGGAUUAACAUUCAGUCAGUCAUUUUGGAUAAUUAUUACCAAAUGAUCAUGAUUACUUUUUUUAUUAACAGAGCCUACUUUUUUCUUCAACACAAAUGAGUGAUACAAAGGGGUUUUAGUAAAUAAUAAUAAUAAACAUAAAUGCCACAUUUCAAACAUUCUAAGUUGUGGAGUUAACCAAGGGACAAAGCACUACUUUAAUUUUAUUAUUUUGCUUCUUUUACUUUUGAGAUUAUAAUAAGAGAAUUUUACCAUUUCCUCUUCCCUUCCUUCCCUUAUAACUCUCUUUACUCUUUCAAAUCCUUGGCUCUUUUUUUGAUUAAUUGCUGUUACACUCAUAUGUCUUAUAUUCAUGUAUUUCUAAAUAUAAUCUGCUCAGUCUGUAACAAGGUUACUUGCAUGUUUUCAGGGCUAAGCAUUUGGUAUUAGGUAACUAAUUGGUGUACUCUUCCCUGAGGAAGACUAUUUCUGCUGCUCUCACCAUGAUGUAUGUGAAGUCUUUGGGUGGGCUGGAGGCUUUGUUAAUUUAUGGAACUGUACAGAAGGGAUGAAGCGCUGCAGGGAUCUCAUCUGACUGUAACUGUAAACCAGCACACCACAGUGAGCAGCUAGCAUAAGUGCAUCUAAAAUCUGUUUUAUAAUUUGACAUGAGUUUCCAGCAAUUUCUUUUCAGGCAAUGCAGUAUUUCCUGACUGAAGAUUUAAGGGUCAUGGUGUUAGUAAAAUUGACUUUGUCAGUCUACAUGGUA